UUCCCAUUGGUCCUUCCGCUUUUCUGGGCCCUCCCGAUUCCGAAGUCCGAGGAAACCGCUUCCUCCCCCCAAGCCAGACCCCCCGAUUCCGCCUCUGGGGCUGGGAGCCUUCGCGUCUCUCUCCCCGCUCUCUGGGGGCGCUGGUGGGGCGGCGUCCAUGGGCUCCUUUGGGGUCCCUCUUCUGUUGCUGGCGGGGGCCCUGGCCCGGAUCCCCGGAAGCGAAGGGGGGGAGGAGACGCCCGCCCAUUUCCUGCUCCAGGCGAAGUCCGAGUGCCAUUUCUUCAACGGGACGCAGCGGAUGCUACUCCUGUACCGGGUCUUCUACGACCGGCAGGAGAUGGACUACUUCGACAGCGACCUCGGGAAAUUCGUGGCCGUCACUCCGCUGGGGCAGCCCAUUGCGGACCAGUGGAACAGCGAUAAAGUCCUCCUCCAGAUCAAGAGGGCCGAAGUGGAUCGCUUCUGCCGACACAACUACGAGACUCUCCAGGGCGGCCCCGUGGUUGGCCGGAGAGCCAAGCCCACCGUCUCCAUCUCCCCCACCAAGCUGGACCCCGCUUCCCCCCACACCAUCCUCCUCUGCAUCGCGAGGGGCUUCUACCCUGUGGAGAUUGAGGUCCGGUGGCUGAAGAACGGGCGGCCAGAGGAGGAGGGCGUGGCCUUCGGGGAGGAGCUCCAGAAUGGAGACUGGACCUACCAGCUCCAGGUGAUGCUGGAGACCCAGCCCCAGCGAGGGGACGUCUACACCUGCCAGGUGGAGCAUGCCAGCCUGGAAGCCCCAAUCACCGUCCAGUGGGAGCCCCGAUCCUCCAAUUCUGCCAAGAGCAAACUCUGGACGGGGAUCGUGGCAGCCGUGAUCGGGGUGAUCUUCUUUGCCAUGGGGCUCUCCCUCUACCUGAAGAGCAAGAAAGCAAUUCCCAUCCAGCCUCCUGCAGCACUCAUGAAUUAAUUCUGCCAUCCUUCCUGCUUCCUUGUGGGAAAGGAAGGGGCUUUUUUCCAUUAGCUGAUGAAUUUCUGUCUCUUUUUUGCAACCUCUGAAAAAUGGAGGGUCAAGAUUUUAGAUUGGGGGGAGGAGGAGAAUGGCAGCCUGGAGCUUUUCCUGCUGAGACCACUCUGGCUUUCUUGUGAGGGAGAGGUGGAGUCCAUCUAGACUGACCCCAGGGACUCUGGAACUGCCUGUCAGUCCAGACACCCAAAUCUCUCCUGACUUUAAAUCCACAGCAGCUUCAUCUUCAUUACUCUUCGUCCGAAUCCCUUCCCUUCGCUUUGCUAUAAAAGAAUAAACAUUGUAGGAAAAAUCCUG